CCUAGUUUUGGCCUGUCGAAAUAGUUACAUGAAAUCAUAUCAAGCUUUCUGUAAUCAGCUACAUUAGUUCUGUUCUUGGAUGAACCAUUUGCAGCAGCUUGCCUUUUAUUAAAGCAUACUCAUUCAUGUAGUCAUGCAUUGAUUGGAUACAUGAAUGACAAUGAUGAAUAAUGGGGGAAUUAUUCAUACAAUUCAUAUGAAUGUGACCGACGAAGAAACGUCUUGUGUUUAGCCACGUGUUGUUUAUGUUCCCAUCUGUUGCAGAAUGGUGAGCCUGAGGGAUGAAAAAGGCAAAACAUUUCAGACUCUCACUCUGCUAACCCUGAAAUCUUUCUUGUGUUGUUUCAGACGAUGUUCUAAUUCCAUUCUCCAAACAAUCUAGACCACACUGCCAAAGAAGGAUGUCGUUCAGCUCACUUUUUAAGAAGGCCUCGACAUUCCUGGGCUUAUCCAGUCCGGAGUCUGGCAAGUCACCACCGCUUGAUGGAGAGAUUAUCUAUUGUAAGAACAAUGUGUGUGUUCAUCCACCGGUCCCUCUAAGGAAAGAGUCACAGCAUCACCCGGGCUACAUGACCAUCAGAACACAGAAUGACGAGGUACUUGGCUCCACUCUGAUACUCAACUGGAUUCCCAAUAAUACUUUAAAGAAGAACCCUAACAUCAGCCUCGAGAACAGCCCCAGUGGAUCAUUGGCAAGUUCUCGCACGGUCAGUCCUCGACGGAGUCCGCGGCAAACUCCACGGGAGGAGUUCACCCACGAGGAGAUCUCUUGUUCUGUGGAUGUUACGCCCGAUGAUUCAGCCGGGGAACAAGACGAUGAGGUACUCAAACACACACUCAAGUACAAGGAUUGUAUCAGUGCAACAUCUAGUGAGAAUUCUCUUGAGACGGAGCCAAGUCCUGAUAGUUUGAGUGGUAAUGAUGAGGUGAUGAGGAAAGUCAGUAGUAGUUUGAAGUCGCAGAGUGAUUCUGGUAUUGGUCAGGAUGAGAUAAGUCUGCAUCUGGAGGGGAAACUAAACACUGGGGGUGAUGUGAAGGAUCAAGGGGUGCCAGAAUCGGAAGAUUCUGUGCGGGAUACGAGUCUGUCUUCAGAUAGUGAGAUUGCGCCUACUGAUGCCAUGUUGAGUCACUUAGUCAAGAAAAAUAAGCAGAUUGAAGCUGUGAAGGAGAAGGAGCGGACGAGUUCCAGUCGGUCUGUAACCAGCAUCGAAAUGGAGGGUGAUAACCUUGUGAUUGUGACCGAAGAAAUGGACGAUGAUGCAUUUGUUGAUGACGGGUCAAAACACAGUGAUCCUAAGAGUGACCCACCGUCAGAACAGGCUAGUAUGAGCUCAGAGUCUUCACACACGAGCCCUUGUGGGACUGUGGAACACUAUCAGCACAAGCUGAAGGAGUUGCAGAAUGGCAUGACUCAUCUUGGCACUGGCGAUACCGAGACGAAGACCAGUAGCACCUCAGAUAGUGACACUUAUACUUCCAACUCUGCCUCACUGCCACAAUCAUUGCCUAACAAAAACGGAGGCAACCGAUCAAAUCUUACGUUAAACCUCGACAAUUCCACUGAAAAACUUUCUAGUCUUACCCCUGAUAUCCAAGUGACAAACAUUCCUGAUUCUCCAACAGAUUCCACUGGCUCUACGUCAGGACCAGAUUCUGAUCCACCGUCGCCUUUCACGCCCGAAGGCUCCGAUUCUCCUAAAUCAUUCUCAUUUAGCACAGAGAUUGAAUCACCUGGACUUACGUAUAAUAAUCAGUUCCCGGAGAAUUCAGUGAGUUAUCUCGGCAACAGGAGCCCGCUGGAUGCGAAGCAGAGCCCAAGGGAACAGAUAUGUGGUGUAUUUACUGUGGAUCUAGGCCAGAUGCGUUCGCUACGAUUGUUCUACAGCGAUGAAAAGUUCUCAUGCGGCCAAAUGGUGAUUGCUAGUCGGGAAAGCCAGUACAAAAUCUUACACUUUCACCACGGAGGACUCGAUAAGUUGGCCUCGAUUUUCCAAGAUUGGAAGUUCUUUGCUCAGCCACAGCGAAAGAAGAACACCAAUCACUUGUGCAAGCAGUUCUCUGUGAUCCGACCGUGGAUUCAGAAGGACCAGUACCACCCAGAGGAGGGAAUGUACGAGUUGGUCUCCGAUCAAAUAUGGCGGCAACACAUGAACGAGCUGGGCGAGAUCGAUGAAGAUUUAUCGCUUAGAAAGGCAAUCUUCUUUGGGGGCUUGGACCCUGUGAUGCGAGCUGAGGUUUGGCCAUUCCUUCUCAAAUACUACCCCUUCGACUCAACGCAUGAGGCCCGGGAAGCGAUCCGGAAUGACAAGUACAUCCAGUACCAGAACAUUAGGAAGGAACGGGAGGCUCUCGAGGGUGAAGAGAAGGAACAGUUUUGGAAGUCAAUUCAGUGCAUUGUUGAGAAAGAUGUUGUGAGGACAGACAGAAGCCAUCCAUACUUCAAGGGGGAGGGCAACCCAAACAUAGAGAUUCUCAAAAACAUUCUCCUCAACUUUGCAUAUGCCAACCCCCAUCUGGGCUAUACACAGGGCAUGUCUGACCUUCUUGCUCCCGUCUUGUAUGAGAUCCGCCACGAAGCAGACGCUUACUGGUGCUUCACCGGCCUCAUGCAGAAGACGAUAUUUGUGACGUCGCCGAAGGACAGUGAUAUGGAUAAACAGCUGGGCUACCUACGAGAACUGAUGCGCUUGAUGGUGCCAAAGUUCUAUGCACAUCUAGUCAAACUUGGUGAUGCCAUGGAUCUGCUUUUCUCGCACAGAUGGAUCUUACUGUGUUUCAAGAGAGAAUUUCCCGAAGAUGACGCGCUAAAGAUGUGGGAAGCUUGCUGGGCCCAUUACCAGACGGAUUAUUUCCACCUGUUCAUCUGCGUGGCUAUCCUUGCUGUCUACGGUGAUGAUGUGGUUCAACAGGACUUGGCUUCGGAUGAGAUGCUUCUCCACUUCAGCAGUCUCUCCAUGCAUAUGUCGGGUGAUGCUGUACUCAGAAAGGCACGAGGUCUCCUCCACAAGUUCCGUUCCCGGCGCAGCAUCCCAUGCUCUCUCCACGGACUGUGUCUGUUAUGUGGUCCAGGAAUGUGGGACAGUGGCCAUGUGCCCGCUGUGGAAUGCACCGGACACCCCGAUGAUGAGAUCUGUACGUACAAUGGUCAAACUCCGACACCAACACCAAGUUAGCAAUUGGAGAAGUUUUUAUUAGAGUGCAAUAUUGGGUCGAAUGUAAUAUAUGUGAAUGGGAAAUGUUUCGGCACUGAUCACAAGAAGUAGGAAGUGCUAUUGCUUGUGAUUAGGGGCCAGUUGCAAUCAUGGAUGGUUAAAAGUAUCACUUGGUACCAGUGAUUGAAUCGCUGGUUGUGCCAGAAUAUUUUUGCGCAUUCUUCUCGAAAACACUUAGCUGGCACUUUUGUCUGCAUAUAAUUGUUUAGGUUGGAUGAAGUGUGUAAAUGUGUGGUGGACUUGAGACUCUUUAUUGCUAGAAGUGCCUUAAUGAGAUAGAGUGGUGAUUCUGCAAAAGCUUGAAAGAUCUACGGAAUGGCUUAGCGUUUAUUUUCUAACCUAACUGUUCAUUUAAUGUCUAUAGGUGUUAUGUAACUGUUACAUUAGUGGUGCAUAAGAAGCCUUGUUCACAUGUACAUUGUAUUGUGUAUGUAUUGAGUCUACUAACAGCCCUGAGGGUCACUAACUAGUAAUAAUCUCGUAAUACAGUUUUCAAAGUCUGUCUCUGGUUGUGGCUGUUAACGUAAGUGUUUAAUGCUUGAGUGACCACACCAUCCAUGUGAAGUCACAAAAAGAACAAAUAUCAGAAUUUGUCCCUUGCCCUUGGUCACACAUAUUUUGGGAACUUGUGACUUAUUUAAGUUUGUGUAAAGCCUAACAAAUCUUUCAACUUUUGGAUCUGAUCUUACUAAACAGGGCUUCCUGCAGCUCACAUUGAGAUUGGCGUACUUGAGAUUAACGUUUUUUUUAAGUGAUGAAUGAAUAAUCUGGUUUAUGCUUGAAGUGUUAGGAAUAUGAUAUUCUCCUAUCAAAUGGGUGCUAAGUGUUUGACAGUAAUAUUAACCCUUGAUGCUGGGCUAUGAUGUUUGCUGCACAGCAUGCUGCCAUUCAGUGAAAGUUGCAGCGUGUGUAGUGGACAUAAUCGUGCAACUUGCGAUAGUUCUGAAUAGUCUCUAUUAGUUAUAAUUGCAUUUGAAACUCUUCAUGUUAUCUUGAGUCAUCAGCAUAACUGUGCGUCCAAGAAAGUGACAAUCUAUCAUCGGAAUCGAGCAAUAACUUAAACUGUCUUUUGACCAAGACUGCAUGUAGUGAAGCUUUGAAAUCAAAAGGAGGACCAUAGGCAAGAGGUGGAGGUCCAGUUGGGGGACUUAGACGCACAGUUAGGGAGGUGGGUCUGGUUUGUUAUUCCAAAGUGUGAAUUGUGCUGAUAAUAAUAAUAAUAAUAAUUGAGUUCUUAUAUAGCGCAUUUCCAGGUUCCCUGCUCAAUGCGCUUUUGGGACUACAUUAUUAUCAUCCCGGUCUCCACAGAAAUCAAUCUGGGGUUUCAAUGAGCAGCUACUGAGCGCUCGAUUGAACUCGACCAGUAGGAAGUUUCUAAGUGGCGACUCAGCCGGGAAUCGAACCCACGACCUUCCGGUUAUGAGACCGGCUCUCUGCCAUUGCGCCACCGCGCUUCCACUUGAAACUUGAUACACUUGAAAAUAGUACAAACCUGUCAGUAACUUCAUGAAAUUUUCUCUCUUUUUCUCUCUCUCUCUCUCUCUCAUGGCUCCUACCUAGAGUCUCUCGAUAAAACCCAGAGUUGCUAAUUUUACACUCUGAACAGAAUGUGAUUAGGAGCAAAAUAUGUCAUCAUUGUUAUAAUCUACCUGUAAAUGUUCCUGUGUAUUAUUGUAAUAAAUAGCUUACAAUAUGCACAUUGUGAACCAUUUAAGUGACGUAGUGCAAUUUUUGUGGUGCUUGUGAGUUCAGUAUUGUUUUGGUUGAAAUUUCUAAUUUACAUAUUGUUUUGCAUGUCCUAGUGGUUUGUGUGCAUUUGCUAAUAUUCGCUCCAUGUGAUUGGGCCGAAAACAGUGAUUCCCAAUGGAAAAUCCAUUCAUAUGUUUGUUAUGCGUAUCCUAGAAUAUCGCCUUGCUAGUCUUUUUCAUAUCAUGUAACUGACUAAUUAGAGGAAGUAACGUGCUUGAUCUUCCAGUUUAUCUCAUAGUAAAAGCAGUGAUUAGUUGUGGCCAUGCAUGCAAAAUGGUCUACACUCCAUAUUACAUUUCACAUGUUCAUGCAGGUGUUGAUGUAGCUGUACUAUGCCUGUCUUUAUAACCAUGGUGGUGAUUCAAAUAAUAUACUGGUUACGGGCCACAAUAGACAUGCCUGAAUCAUUUGUGGCUAAAAGGAGGGUCUCGGACCCUUUUCAAACUCUUCUGACUAAAGAUUACGGCAUAUCUAAUGUGACCCAUAACGUGUUUAUUAAUUUUAAUCCUCAUCGUUAUAUUGGUUGUUGUUUUGUUUAUGUUUGAAAGAUUUUUCUCUUUAUUCCAUAUCAUAUGUUUCUUCUAUCUAUAAACGUGUAAAUACUAGUCAUUAGAUAGGCUGCAUUGAAGCAACUUGUAGAACAGAACACUCAGUUGGUAGUCUACGCUCACCUGUGAGCUAGCAAUAGACAUGUAGACUCCUUGCAUUCAUGUCCCAGGUUGGCAUGGCUUUAAACAUCAAAUAGCUCAUCGUCCAUCUCUGGCCAUGCAGCAAACAGAUCAGAAAUAAGACGCGAGUGGAGAUGCAGAACUUGUACGAAUUGCUUGAGUUUAGCCUGUGCAGUUUUAUUCAAAACUCAACGUAAAUGCCAUUUUAUCAAACAAAGUAUCCACAAUAUACAUCUAUAUUUGAACUCUUGCUGUGGCUGUGCAUAGAUCGAGUACCAUAUGUGAUACUUCCUUUCAAAUGUGUGUCUAGUAAUUUGUGCAGCGAGAUGUCUCUGCUCGGUAUAGAAAUUCUGUUAUUUUCCUUGUCUAAAGUCAGUGCUUUGCUCUUUAUCUAUACGUGUCAAAUUAUACUGUGAAGAUUUUCGGGUUUUUUUGUUACAGUACGACAAACUGAAAAAAAUUUGAAAUCUCAUUGCUUGCCUACAUGUAUAAUACAUAUCAGUAAAUUAUUGCCAAAAAUACCUGGACAUUUUAAACCCCUCACAUUCAUGUAGACGAAACCUGUCUGAUACUUCAUGGUCGAUGUUCCUCAAUCUGACCGGAGAGAUGCCCCCUCCAACUGCCUGUUUCCGCAGACGCUUUUACACACUUUUGGACGUCUGGCAGGCUCAGAGAACGAUAGCUAGAAGCCAUGUCACCGAUCCAGUGUAUAUGAGUCUGUGAUCUUUCCAAAGGACUACAUGAAGUGUGACCUCACAAAAACUGACUGCAAAUUAUAGCUAGGAAACCCACAUAUUUUACACAAUAAUGGUGCAUAUUUAUCACUGGUUGAUAAAUUUACCCUGUCCCAGUCAUAGUUCAUAUGUAUUGUGUUGUUUCAGUGUAGCUAAUUUUACUAACUGAAGCCGGAGUAUGCCGAUAUUUGUUGUAUGUAAAAAUAAUUUGAACAGAUUAUGAAUGUUGAUAAAUAGCCGUCAUGGUGAUGUCAAUAAAGACUAUGAGAAGUAAACACAA